AUGGACACCAGCAUGGAUGAGGAACAGCAAGACGAUCGUCCAAGGGUCCGCAACUCUCAAGCUUGUCUAGAGUGCAGAAAGGCAAAGAUCAAAUGCAACGGCAAACGCAAAGACGCACAGAACUGUUCUCGCUGCGAAGCAAAGGGUCUCGACUGCUCAUGGACAGCUUCCCGUAGAGGCAAGAAGCCAGGAACAAAAAACCUGGCAACACGUGCACGAGAACAGUCAGAAGCGCUCCAACGUCAGCUUGAGCAUCAACUACAGGCACGCACUCCAGAUUCCAAACUCGACCGCAGCUCCCCUGUUGCUCCCGACUCUUCUUCCAACUUGUCAUAUCGACGCAGUGUCGCAUGGGAUCGCCCUUAUCCUGGUCCAUCCAAUAUGCCUGCAUCCUACCAUCCCGUCGACACCGACCGUCAUCACCCUCACCCUCAGCACCACCAGCACAAUACAAACCGACACGGAUCCGACGCCAGCAACCAUCAGUCACCUCUGAGUGCAGUCACCACAUCUUCGUCAAAUUCUCAUCUCUACUCCACCGUCCCCACCGCCGCUUCCCCCAAUGGUCACUAUGGCAGUCAUCACAGCAUCGCGAGCAACGGCAGCAGCAGCCGACGCACCUCCAAAUACCACGACGGCCUUCUCAUCCGUGAAUCACGCAUGCCACCCUCUUCCACCAAUCCACUCCUCUGUCUCUCCGAGGCCGCCCUCGGAAAGCGAUGCACCGACUCAGACAGUGAACAAGACGAACUCGCCGCAGAGCUUGAUCCGGCCGACGAGGAUGCCCACAGUCCUGCAGCUUUUCUGGACAACAAGAAGCGUGGCUCGUCUCAUGCGUUCCCGCAUGAUGCCAUCAAUGAAGAAGACGACGCACAGGCAAAGUCCGCACGCGAUAUCUCUGCCAUGCUCGAGUCCAGUGGCUGGACACGAUCCUGUCUUGGUCAUGCUGCCUGCGAACGCGCCUCCUACUUCUCAGGUGCAUCUGCUUCGGCGAGUUGGGACACGCGUCGAUGCGAUCCUCUCGACCAAGGUAUCGUCACCAUGGACGACAUACACCGCCUCUUCAAGAUCUUCAUGGAAAGCGUCCACGAGCAAUUCUGCAUUCUCGAUUCUGUCAUUCACAAUCUGGCCACCAUCAAAGAGUCGUCCAAUUUUCUCUUCUCUGUCAUUCUCGCUAUCGCCGCUUCCAUCGAUCGCAGCCCACGCGCCGUUCAGCAGUUCCAGCAACUCCGUGCACUCGUCGACUCGCUCGUCGUAGAGGUGCUCAGCCGCAACGUCAAGAGUGUCGAGGUGGUCAAAGGUCUCAUCGUGUGGCCCAUGUGGGCGCACCUCACUCCACUCAUGGCCGAAGAUCGCGCCUGGCUGCUCAUCGGAACUGCCGCUCGUAUGGCAAAAGAGCUCGACCUUGCCAUGCGGGACGACACACCUCAGCAAGACGAGAUGGCUCGUCGAUAUGCACGAGACCGUUCCAGGACAUGGGCGCUGGCCGCCAUCAUGGAGAGGAGUUUCAGCUCUUUCUCUGGUCAGCGACCCAACACUACCCUUGAUGUGGACUGGGGUACGCUCAACGAUUGGCUCAAGUCACCUAUCUCGCUCGACGGUGACAUCCAGAUCGUUAGUUUCCUGCAUCUGCGCCGGAUCGAGGAGAUUAUGCGAACACGCAUCUUCAGUCAGAGUUACUACGAGGUUGGCUCCAUCGAAAGCAUCCGUGUCUCGGCCAACGUCUUGUUUGAAGCGUGGUACGAAGCUUGGUGCGAGCAUCCAGCCCUCGAAAAGCACCGACUCACUUCGACCAUCAUGCGCAUUAUCGGCUUGCACAUCCAGGUGCUCAUCAACACUCACGCUAUUCGAGAAUCCGAUCGAAGAAGGACUAUCUGUGAGGCAAACAACAUGCGCAUCCUUCGUGUCUGCGGCAACUCGAUGAAAGCUGCUCGCGAGAAUGUCGUGUCGUUGCUGACAGAAGCGUGCCAGCUCGCGCUCGACAACCUGCAAGGGGAAGCACAUACCAUCAGCCGUAUUGUAGCUGCCAUGCUGGGUUGGUCGGGUGUGCAUCUGCUCAAGAAUGGUCCGAUCGACACACGUGGAUUGGUGGUGCGACUCGGGCUCAUGCUUGCCGGCGACCCGCAGGAUUCGACCCACUCGCGAUCGUUCGCGCGCUUCUAUGGUAGAUUCAUCCUUUCUCUCAGUGCCGAGCUGGUCGAGAGGGAUCGUGCGGAGAAGUCGAGGAAGAAGAGACAGCGCUUGCGAGGGUCAUCUCAUAUGUCGGCCGGUUCGAGUGGGAUGGGUGCGCCUAGUCCGCGUGCCAAUGGUGAGCGAGGUGGUGCGCGAGGUACUGUUGCUUCAGGUUACGACCUUAAGAAUACAACAGCACCAUCGACGCCAGGAGCAGCAGGAACGAAUGCAGCCCCAGCCCCAGUCAGUGAGAUGGCAUUGGCUUUCGAAACUGCCGCCCACAAUGGUGUCCAGACGCCUGGUGUGGCAAGUCGAUCUCUUCUCUUCGGCUCAGCUGGUGUCAACCCUGCAUCGUCGUCCAUCCCAGGUGCUGCUGGCUACCCACAGCCCUACCAAGCCCACGCAAGCACCAGCAACAGCCACUUGGCUGGCGUACCAAACAACGGUACCAACGCUCCUUCUCUCUCAUCCGCCUAUCGCAACACCCCUCUCGGGGUGUCGGUAGGUCAGAACAACACCUCCGCCACUGACACGGUCGCCAACACCUGGUUAGGCACUGAUGACCUUCUGGAUCAGUACAUGCAAAGCAUCCUCCCCAUCUUCAAUGACUUUGACCAUGCAACCAACAACAGCAUGCUCAAUGGUAUUGGAGGCGGUGGUGGUGUCGGUGUGCCUAUCUCCGAACUCGGGCGUUAA